UCAUACGAACAAAAAACCCCAACAUUAUUGUAGUAAGCGACAUAAGAUCAGGACUAGGUCAAAAUGUUUUGAUUUUUUAUUUCUCUUCCGAUGCUUAGAAUGAGGAUGAUGAUGACGAUUACGGCCCGAGCGAUGACGUCAUGAAUAACAAUACAGGGGUCACAGGAGAUUCAAUAGCAAAUGCAACCCAUCGUGGUUUUGACGAUACGGUGGGAGACCAAACAUUUUUUGGCGGAGAUAACCUGGUCAGCCAGCCGAACAAGGUUGAGAAAAUUAACAUAGCAUAUGCAAAAACGGCGAAAAGAAUAGACAUCAAAAAACUGAAAAGAUCGAUUUGGGAGACGCUCGACUUCACUGAAGGUGAAACUGACAAGGAAAAUGUUGUUGACAAAUCUCCUCGAAAAUCGAAACCAGAUACACCCGAAAAGCAAGAAUUAAAAAGCUUCAAAGAAGUUUACUCAGUAUUACCAGAAAAAUUGUCUCAGAAUGCGUCGAAGAAUUUAAGUGUUCCGAUUGCAUUUGUCUGCUUGCUAUAUUUAGCCAACGAAAAGGGAUUGGAGCUUUUCAGCUCAGACACCAUGGAAGAUUUCAAGAUCGGAAUUGAAGGCCCUAGAACUGAAGCCCACACAUAAUAGACACUGCUUGCUUUUCUGCUCUGUCGGCAGUACAAGUUGUUACAGAAUUAUUUAACCUUAAUUUGUGGCAUCGUCUCUUUGCAGGUCUUGAUGCGCGAGCUAUUGAGAUGCAUUUCUUUGUGUACAGAAUGGUACACAUGAUUGUUACUGUAUUUGUUACAGUGGCGUUACGGAGGCCCUUGGGGCCCUUAGAAGUAAAGCUAAAACAGGGCCUGUACUUUAUCUACGGGCUGCAAUAGGUCCUAUCUAAUGGUGUAUACCUUGUUAAACAAAGUAGCAAGAUGCAAAGAUGAUAAUUUUUCUCGUUAACUAGGGCGGACCUGAGCUACAAGGGUCAGUUAAAGAGCUUUGAAAGUUGCUGCGGACCCGUUUUGAUUAAGGGCCCCUUGAUAUCGACCGUAAGUGCCCUAAAUUGCGUUACGCCACUGAUUUGUUGAUAGUUUCACUUUUAAAGCUUUCUACUAAAAAUCAUAAGCAAUUAAUUACUAACGAUGUUGACUGUAGUUUUUUAUCUGAUCUUCUUAAUAUAAUUCAUUGAGAUUUUCUCGCUGU